AUGGAAAUAAGCGAUGAACCUAAAGAAGAAGACCCAACUGAGCAAACGACCGACCCUAAGCCACAAGCUGUCCGUGAGAUUCAUGAAAGCCAAAUGACGAUCAGCGAAAUCGUCCGUUUUAUUAUAUUCACAGUCGUCUUUGUCGUCGUUAUCUUAAAUCAGGUAAAAACUCAAUAUGCGUAUCAUAUUUCUGCAGGCGUCAGACAGUAUUUCACAGACGAUAAUGAUGACUACCCAAAAAUAUACUGCAAGGACGAUGUUGUAAACUGAAUUAUCAUCGACCUCAUUCCUUUGCUUCAAGCUGAAAACUAUUAUGAUGAGUGAAGCCAAGUAAAUGACACUUAUCAAAGAAUCGCUUUUUAUAACAGACUUAUAACACCUAUCAGAUUUGUCCAAAAACGUGUAAAACUAGAAGACAAUCCUUAUCACAGGACUAAUAAAGUCUACCCUAAAAGAUGAGCAAUUUCAGGACUUGACUUGUAUGAGUCCAGUCAUGGAUAAUUAAAUAUGGGCGCAUCAGCUUAGGCAUGGCCGGGAGGCCAUGCCACCUUCAAGAACAUAUUUAAUUAUAUCCAGUAAGGUUUUACGAAGUUUGGUAUGGACAGCAAGCCUUAGUCAUUUUUCUGGUUUGGGCUUUACCUCGAGGACAAAGUAGACGUGGAAAUUGGAAAGUGGUGGCCCAGCAAAGUACUUUGGACCUAUCGGGCACUUUACACCGUGAAACCAGGGGUUACGGCCUGGUUACAAGUAUUUCCUUCUUGCCGACAGUCGGCCAGAAAAUUCAUCAUUUUUUGGGAUUUUCUGUGCAGGCAGCCUCGUCGCUUCAGUCUGAAGCAAUGCCUCGGGAGUCCGUAGUCUGCUCACUCAAAACUGGAGCCACCGCAAAGUAGCAAGGAGGAGGUGACGGCCAGGCAGCUCACCUUUUCGGGCGAUCAGAAGUAGAUGUUACCGCAAAGCGGAUGAAUCCCUGGUUUUAUCCUCGGUAGCCGAGCCAACAAAGUGAGCCCUAAUCACCUUAUUAAGUAAUUAUGAGUCCAAUAGUGGAGAAAGCAAAGCUACUUAUGGGAAUGGAACAAUGUUUGUAUACGACUCAAGCAUUGGAGUCAGACAUUCAGGAGGUUUUCAAUAUAUUUCUGAAACAAACACUUCAAGCCAGCUGUCCGAUGCUUAUAAGGUAAUCGUUACAGAUAAAUGAAUAGACAGCCAAACAGCAGCAAUAUAUGUGGAUUUUGUCCUUUAUAACGGACAUUGAGACAUGCUAACGUAUGCCGCAUUUCAGUUUUGGUUUGACGAGUCUGGACUUGUGACUACCAAAUUUGACGUAAGGUCAAUGGAUUAUAUGUUUUACCGAACCCCAAUUGACCAGUUCCGUGCAUUUCUUGAAGCAAUAUAUGUGAUUUUGCUGCUUUUGUAUACAGGCAUAGAGCUGUUUUUAAUAAAAGUUGAUAUUAUAGCGCAGAGAGUUGCAUUGCAGAGCCAAGGGAUUAAUGUAAAUAGCGCAAGAGUGAUUAUGUUUUGAGGAGGAGUAAAAAAACACUUUGGAAGCUUGUGGAAUAUUUUGAAUACAGCGUCAAUUAUUUUGUCGUAUGUGAAUAUUGCCUUAUGGAUAAACGUCGCAGAUAACAAGAUUUCUCAUUUGGAUUCAUUUGAUAACCUCACAAGUCUGCAAAAUGAUUUAUUAGACACUUUGUCAAUUUACAAGUUGUAUAAUUAUUUAUGCAAAUUAUAUAUUUGGAUGGUAUAUAAUCUAUUAUUGUAAAAUACAUAUAUAUGAGGAAUAUACAGAAUUAAAUGGAAUUAACUUGCUUUUGAUAUUUUUCAGGCUUUUAAGGUAUCUAGGGAAAUUUGAAAGAAUUAGGCUACUUCAUAGGACUUUGGUAAGAUCAAAAAAUGAAAUUUUUUACUUUUCCUGCCUCCUUUUGGGGGUUUUUAUUAGUUUCGUGAUUUUUUCUCACGUAGCUUUUGGAGGCUUCAUGGAAAAUUUCAGCCAAGUCGGUUUUGCAUUUGCAUCUUGCUUUUUGAUUUUGUUCGAUAAUAUAGACGGGGUUGUAGGAGUUUUGGACCAUAAUUUCCAUAUUGGAGCGUUUUUUAUUAUCCUAUUUUAAAUUUGAUUUUCAUAAUAAAUUUAUUUUUAUAUUUUUAUUUCGGAUUUAUAAUUUGCAUUUCUCUUUAAAAAUAAAUCUAUCUCACAUUAGUAUAUCUGCUUUACGCUAUUCAUAAAUUUUAUUCUUUUGAGUAUGUUUAUUGCUAUCAUAGGAAACGCUUAUGGAGAAGAGCUGGAAAAGCUAGAACAAUCUAAAAAGAACCAAAAAGCCGAAGAGCAAAAACAUAUCAUUUUUUCCGUAAUUGAUUGGGGAAAAGAUUUAUAUUUUAGAGUCCUUAGUUUGUUUACUCCCCCCUCCGUGAGUGAACAAAAUAUUUUGUUCACUCACGGAGGGGGGUUAAUAUUUUUUUUUUAAAAAAAUGUAUAUAUAUAUUUUUUAUAAAAAUAUUUUUUUUUCGAAAUUUAAAAAAAUCCUAAUUCGCAAAAAUUGGAAAGCAAAUAUUAAUUUAAGUUGUAAAAUUUAUAAUUUAAAAAGCAAUUUGUUUAAAAUUAAACAGAAUUAGCUCUAGAUUUCAUUAUACUAAUUAUCAUUUAUAUAUAAAUAUUUUUUUCCAUAAAAAAAAUUUUUCUAUUAAAAAAAUUUUUGUUUACUCACAGUGGGUGGGUUUUUGGGCAAAAAAUAGGGAUUUUUCUAAUGGUUUUGUUCGCUUACGGAGGGGGGGGAGUUAGCAAAAAGCGUGCAUUAAUUUUGAAAUAUAAAAAUAAUGAAGAUGAUGAACACUAUGAAAACCCAGAAGAGGUUGUUAAGUCGAAAAAUCCUUAUAUUGAUUAUAAUGAUGCCAAGCUAUGGGGUGCACAAAUUGACCAUGAAGUUUUGACAGAUAAAGAAAAAUAUGUCAAAAUUACUGAGUCAACCUUGAUGUUUUCGAAGAAAUUAUGGGCAGCUUUGAUUUUUGUAAUUUUUGCUAUUAUUUAUACAGUAACCUUGCUUUACCAACAAGAUAUAACUGCUCGGCAUGAGCUAUUAAGUACAUUUACUGAUUCUUUUGAAAUUCAAACAUAUGACGGAAAAUAUCGUUUAGAAGAUAUUCACGACUAUAAUGAUUUAACCAGAUGGCUAGAUUAUGCAUUUAUAGGAAACUUCAAAAAAUCCUAUACUUACAGUAUAGCGUCUGCAGCACUAUGGAUUGCCUUUGCGAGGGCUCCUCGCAGCAACUAGGAGUUCUGACGAGCCACCUAAAGGUGGCAAGUCAACUCCAAGUUGACAAAUCCUUGCAAAAGGGAAGCUUUUGUCAACUUGGAGUUGACUUGUCACCUUUAGGUGGCUCGCCAGAGCUCCAAUUUGCUACAAGGAACCCUCGCAAAAGCAAUCUACAGCGCUGCAGAGGCUACAUGCAACAAAAUUACCUUGUAGGUCAAAAUUUUAAUAAUACCAAUGUUUGUGCUACUAAUGGGCCACAAUAUUAAAACUGUCAGUUAGAGAUAGAUUCUAAUACCUGCUCCGCAGACAGGGACCUAUUUUCGAGCUCAAGUGAUAGAGGUCAUCCUCUUGAGAGUGUCCGAAGAAAAAAGAGAAGAGGUCGGUGCUGAGUCUGGCACUGAUCAGAGAAGUCUUAACGGACUUGUUAACUUUAACAGUUCGACGGUUAGGCCGGUCCCCCUACCGUUGCUCAGAGCUGUUAAACAAGUUGGACCUCAAGCAAGGGACUGUACACCAAGAGUAAUUCAUUAAACUUAAAACUUAAACUAAUGGGCCUAUCAGAUUUACAAUAAGAAAAGUAGACACAGAGGAGAACCAAUCAGACCUUUUUGAUGAAGUUCAGCGUCGCUCAAGAUACCCAACUUAUUCAGCAUUUGAAACACACCCAGCUCACGAGUACACAAAAUCAGCUACUUUAAAUUGUGACUGGAAAUACAAAGGUGGCGUCUCUUUAUAUAAUGGAGGUGGAUAUAUUUUUUAUGUUUUCCCAGACUCCGACAACUAUUAUACUCAAUUAGAAACCCUUGUAAAGGAUCAUUUUUUCAAUGAUACAAUGAAUAGUCUUCUUAUUGACUUCGUCUUGUAUAACGGCGACAUAAAUUAUUUCACUUAUGUAGGAUUUAUCACUGAAAUGAACUCCGGAGGAGAAAUUUUGUUCCAGUACUAUAUAUGACCUAUGAGGCUAAAAAUGUACGCAACUCCUGCAGAUGGAGCAAGGGCCUUUUUUGAGCUUGUUUUUGUGCUUUUAUUGUGUUAUCAUAUGGCUAUUACAGUUCUUACUAUCAGAAGAGACUAUGUCAAUUAUGAAGCUUGGAGGUCAAGAUUUUAUGAAAUCUUGACGACUGACCAAAAGCGAAAAAGAAAUCAUGCCAAACCUGAAUGACUGAGGAGGAUUAAUAAUAUUUUAACACCUUUUGUCAUUUUUGACGUUGCUUCUUAUAUGUGCUCAUGGGUUUGUAUAGGAUUGUAUCUGAGAUAUUUGACUCUAGAUGUAAUUGAUUAUGAAAUGAUUAGCGAUGAUACAAAGUUUCAUGAUAAAUUUGCUGAAGCUGCAAAUAUACUGGAACAAUAUUUAAAUUGGUCAGCUUUUAAUAUUUUGUUUAUUUAUUUCAGAAUUUUGAACUAUGUCUCGUUCAAUAAAGCUCUAGCUCCUUCCAAUUCUUGAUCGAGCGGAUCCCAUCGCUCGAUCAAGGGUAUGGAUUAAAAAGAAUUCUACAUAGAAAUUAUUUAUUUUUCCAUAUAAACUAUGCUCCUACUAGAAACAAAAAUAUAGAAUACCUAAUUAAAUUAAAUAUGAACAUCCUUACUGGCUCCCUUAUCUUGUUUUCAAAUAAAAAUAGGAAAAUGGUAAAUCAACAAGAGUUUUUAUUCAAAUUAUUAGAUAUUUUUUUUUGCUUUCUUAGAAUUAUUGUUUUUUUUAAUGCUAGCCAUAAGAGAUAGAGUAUACAAUAUAACAAAAGCUAGAAACCAAAUUAAAAUUGCAUAGAAGUGCUUAUAUAAUAUAAUCUCUAAUAUUUAUUACUAUAAAUAUAGGAAGUUAGAUUUAAGAGUGGGUUCAUGCUAAUUAUAUGAAAAUCGUUGUUUAAGUGUAGAACUCGAUUUUUUCAGUUUUUACUCCCCCUUUAAGAUUGAGUAAGAUUUUUUACUCACUCUUUAAGAAGGCUUAUUUUUUUAAUUUAAAAUUAAAAAAAAAAAAUUGUAAACAUUUGACAGAAUAAAUGUAUUCAAUUUAUUUAUGAAAUUUAUAUGAAAAUAAUUCAUCAUUAAUUAUACAUAAAAAUUUUAAAAAAAAUAUAUUUAAAUCUCUCUUUGCUCUUAAAGGAGGUUAAUUCCCCAAAAUAGAGAUAUUUCUUAGUUUUAUUGUUCUUAAAGGGUGGAGUUAGGAAAUUUCAAUAAUAUAGUUCAAUCAAAAAUUUCGGGAGAGUAAGCUUCUUACAAGAUACUGUAAAAACUGCUAUGGUUGAUAUUACAUACUUCUUAGUUAUGAUUAUUGUAAUAUUACUUGGCUUUGUAUUUUUCGCUUAUUUAUCAUUUGGCCAUACACUCUUCAACUAUAGUUCUAUUGAUAGUUCCUUUAUGGUCUGUUUUUCAAUGAUAAUAGGAGAAUUCAACUUUUCAGAGCUUGCAGAAGGUGACCUUGUUAUGAGCUACAUAUUUUUCUUUUCAUUUAUGAUUUUUUUCCAAUUUAUUUUGCUUAAUAUUUUUAUAGCAAUUUUAGAAAGGGCUUACACCAAGGUUAAAGAAGCAAUAGGAAAAGAAGACGAAAGAACUGAUUAUAUAGAAUCUCUAUUGGUUUAUUUUGUAUCAAAAAUAAAAAAACUUUUAUCAAGAGAAGUCGAAAAUAGAGACCCUAUUGAGGAAAAUAAAGAACUUGCUGUAUGUGUUUUCAAUAGAAUCCCUGAUGGAACUGAAGAAGAAGAUGACCCUAAAGCUUGGGCAAUCGGCAAAAGUGACGAAAUUAUCCUAGAAAGACACAAACGAGCUGAAAUAAAAUCUUCAUUAGACGCCCUUUUCACAAAGCGAAAAUUACAAGAAAUUGAAGGCAGAGCUGUCAUUUUUGGAGGCACAGGAAAUUUAGAAGAUGAAUUUCGAGCUAGAAUGAAUUAUUGGGAUUAUUUAAGGAUUGGCUUUUUGACCUAUUUAAGCCACGAGAAAAAAAUAAAAAUUAAAACAGAAGAAAAAAUAAAGGAAAGCGUAGAAUUGUAUGAUAAUUAUAUUGAGCUACUAAAAGAUAGAGAUCAACUGAUAGAGUCAAUUCGGCCAUUAGAGGCAAGAGUUGAAGCCUUAAAAGAUAAAAAUUAUGAAUUAAACGAAGAAAUCCACAAAAUGGAAGAAAUGAUAAAAAGCAACAAAGCUGAAGACGAAGGGUACCAAAAACCUGAGUAA